UGAUAUAAAAUAUAUAAAUAUAAAAGAAUAUAAAGCUCAAUAAACAAUCUAAAGCUCUGAUUUCUUCAGGAGGAAAACCAACGACACGAUGACGGUGCACACGAUGUGUCAUAACCCCUCGCUGCCACUGGAGGGCGUCGACUCGAGACUGCUGCUCAACUUCACCUCCAGAGAAUGUCACAUGGUCCCACAGCCGGCGGACGACGGCGCCAUGAUGGUCUGUGGUUGCCAUGGAGAACAGGAGUGUAACGACAGACUGAUCUUUGAUAAGGGAGCCAACGGGUUCUCCAAGCUGCAGAGUAAAGACGUGAUCCCGGUGGUUGUGGUCAGUUUGGUGCCUCCUGUCCUGGUUGCCAUAGUCGCCACCGCUGCCUUCUACUUCUACCGCACACGCCGCCCUGACAAACCGGGUCCUCCUGUGCGCCCUGACUGGCCCACCAAACGCACCCCAGAGCUCUACCAGGCUUUCGACCUGCCAUGUGGGGGUCUGGGUGUUCGGGGAGAGGGUGGAGGGGGAGGUGUGAUGGGUCCUGGGGGUGAGUGGGAGGAGUCUAAUGCCAAACAUCCCAACAAUGACAUCACCAGUACCAGGACCGACCGGCAGGGCCAACGGACUGAACUGCUGCCCAUCAAACUGGAGGUCCUGGUGGGGAAGGGGCGCUUCGCAGAGGUGUGGAGGGGCUGCCUGCUGCAGGGGGAGACGGGGGGAGUCAACAGCUAUGAAACUGUGGCGGUGAAGGUGUUUCCGGCCGUGGAGUACGUCUCCUGGAGGAACGAGUGCUCCAUCUUCUCGGACCCCAAGAUGGAGCACGACAACGUGGUUCGAUUCCUCGCGGCGGAGGAGAGGGGUCCGCCUGGCCAUGCCCUCCGGAAGUACUGGCUGGUUCUGGCCUAUCACGACCUCGGGAACGUGCAGGACUUCCUCACAGCGAACACACUCAGCUGGGAGGAGCUUGUUGCCAUGGCGGGGAGCAUUGCUAGGGGGUUAGCUCAUCUCCAUAGCGACACGACGCCCAGUGGGGUACCAAAGUGCCGUCCGUGUGGCUGCAGGUGCCAGUUGCACAUCGGAGACCUAAGGAGCAGCCUCACCCCUCGUGUGAAGACCAGAGCGCUCGAAGAGCUCAACGAGCCCACCCGCUCGGCCUCCCAGGUCUGUGACGCAGCCCUGUGUGGCACGCAUCGCAGGGGACCCUGGUCUCUCCGAGGACGGACCCCGGGGACAGACUCCGGCACAUAUCCGCACCAAGGCUCUGCACAACCCCACAACUCAACUCAUCACCCGCGCUCUCACCGCCUCUCACUCCAGCUACUUCUGUCCGCGGACGCCCCCAUUCCUGCUCCACAACUCCCCGAGCUGCUGCCCGCGACCACGCUCCCCCGACAGCCCGACUCCCACUGCGUGGUGGAGCGCCUCAACAGCCCUGCAGCAGGCAGGAGGAAAGGAGCGGGAACCGGCACCGCCACACCACCCGAUGGAGCAGACCCAGAAAGCGACUUCUCAGAGCACACCCAGGCAAUAGUGACACCAGCUCCUCUCUUCUCCAAAGUGCUGCCUCUCUUCCUCACCCGAGCCCCCAGCCGGCACUCAAAGACAGGCGUCCACACAACUCCUCUACCCGACGAGAACGCUCUCCUCGUCAGGAAAAACGGUUGCAACCAGUCGACGCCGCAAGGCAGCGAUGCACUAGCAGAAGUACUUCCGUACGACCCCCACCGCACCGCGGUCCUCGUAGCUGUCAGCCUAAAACUCAAACCCACGCUAGAGGCCCGCACGGUCGACGCAAGCUCGGUUCCGGCAUACCACCGCCAAGAGGACAGAAACAAACCAAACACUCUUGACGUUCUGUGUCUGCGCAGCGCUGACACCAGCCUCCAUCGUUACCUGCCUGGCGAGACUCGUAGAAACUGA